AUGGCUCCGACGCCGACGCCCUCAGCUCUGAGGGUGAAGAAGACACGGAAGGAAGCGGCGGAGCGCCAGCGGCCCUCUCUUUCCGCUAAGCCUUCCCUUGCCAAGAGCACUAAGCCGGCUGGGGCCAUGAACAAGCCGACGCCGACGCCCUCGGCUCUGCGGGUUCAGAAGGCGCGGAAGGAAGCGGCGGAGCGCCAGCGGCUCUCCUCCGCUAAGCCUUCCCUUGCCAAGAGCACUAAGCCGGCUGGGGCCAUGAACAAGCCGACGCCGACGCCCUCGGAGAUCGGAAGAGCCUCGCUCUCGGUCUCAGAAGGCGCGGAAGGAGCGGCGGAGCGCCAGCGGCUCUCCUCCGCUAAGCUUCCCUUGCCAAGAGCACUAAGAUGGCCGACGCCGACGCCCUCGGCUCUGCAGGUUCAGAAGGCUCGGAAGGAAGCGGGCGGAGCGCCACGGCUUCCUCCGCUAAGCCGAAGCCUUCCCGUGUCGAGAGUGAAUAAGCCAGGGAGGCUUCAACAACCGACGCCGACGCCCUCAGCUCUGAGGGUGCAGAAGGCGCGGAAGGAGGCGGCGGAGCGCCAGCGCCAACAGGCUGUUCGAAAGCGAGGCACUCCUUAG